AAACAAUUAUUUACCAGAUGAGUACAACUGGCCAUCGUGCGGGAGUGUUCAAGAAACCUUCAAAGCCCCACAAGUCUUGGAAAGGAAAACGGACGAAAGGAGAGAUUACAUCUGAAAAUCGAGGACGAGAAGGUGUCAAACAGCUCACGCGUUCUGCUCAUUCCACCCACCGUACCAUCUCCAAAGAUGCUCGACGUAAUCAGCUCAAAAUGGCGAGAGAUCAAAAAAUGGCGGAUGCAAUGGAGAGACGCAGAACAUCAAAUGCUCCGUGUCUAGUGACUGUCGUUUCUCUCGGAGUUGGAGCUCGCCCAACAGAGUUCAUCAAAAAGCUGGCAACAUGUGACGAAACAAUUAUUCAAACGACUUCUCCAUCCACCAUUGACUUUGCGAUUCCUCGCUUCAAAUCUCGUGUAUCAUUCCUUACUCCAGAUAAGGAUAAUGUUGAUGGUGUUCUUGAUGCGAUUCGAGCAUCUGAUGUGCUUUGUUUUCUGUGGCCAAUGUCUGCAGAGCUCUCCGAAUGGGAUGAGCAACUUUUAACGAUUAUCAAAGCAAAUGGACUUCCAACAAUUGUUAGUGUUGUUCCAGGACUUGGGAGUAUUGCAAAUCACAAGAAGAAGGAAGAUGUUAGAAAAGGAAUCGAAUUUAUCAUUUCAAAAUGGAGUAUGAGUAAUGCUGGAGUUAUGCCAGCUGAUUCUGUCACAGAUAACCUUCAACUUUUGCGAAUCUUGAAUGAAACUAAAAAGAAGCCAUUGACUCUUCAAGCCAGACAUUCUUAUAUGCUUGUUGAAAACUUGGAAUGCUCGGACAAAACUGGAGAAACUUGCACACUCGUCGCCCAGGGAUAUCUCAGAGGUCCUGAAUGGAAUGCUAACAAUUUGGUUCAUCUUCCAGGAUUCGGUGAUUUUCAAAUCUCAAAAAUCGAAUCAACAGUCGAUCCUCAUCCAUUAAAAGCACACAACAAAACGCCAGAAGCUCAGAUAAUUGCCAAAUCUGAUGAUAAACGCCAGAACACAGAAACGGAGAUCACACCAGAUUCUAUGGACGGAGAACAAACAUGGCCAACUCGGGAAGAACUUGAAGAAGCUGAUAAGGAGCUCCGUCGUGUGCCAAAAGGAACUUCGUCUUAUCAAGCAGCAUGGAUUUUGGAUGACGAGGAUGACGAAGACGAAGAAGAUUCCGAUGAGGAUAUGGAUGAUAGUGAUAAUGAAGAAGUAGAGGAUGAUUCUGAAGAAGAAGAGCCUAUGGAUGAUUUGAAAUCAGAAGCCGGUGAAACUACUGCAUCUGAAAUGAUGUUUGAUGAUGGAAUUGAUGAAGACAUCAAUAUGGCAGAAGUUGAAAAAUACCGAAAAGAGCGUGAAAAUGCUCAAUGGCCAGAUGAGGUGGAUACACCGAUGGAUAUGCCAGCUCGAAUUGCUUUCCAAAAAUACCGCGGACUCAAAAGUUUCCGAACGUCUACCUGGGACCCGAAAGAGAAUCUUCCACUGGAUUAUGCGAGAAUUUUCCAAUUUGCAAAUUAUAGAAACACCAAGAAGAAUGUGAUGUCAAAGAUUGGUGGAAAUGAUGUAGAUGCAGAUUCAGUAGCCGAUAAGAAGUUCAAUGGAGCAUUUGCAAGUGUUUUCAUCGAGAAUGUUCCAGUCGCCGUCCUAGAAGCUUACAAAGACGCCAAAAACUUGGUGCUCUUCCAGUUGCUGCCUCACGAGCAUAAAAUGUCUGUUCUCAAUAUGGUUUUGAAGAAACAUCCAUCUUGCACAAUUCCAAUCACUUCGGAUCAGAAUCAAAAGUUCAUUUUCUAUGUUGGAUUCCGGCAAUUCGAGGCGAACGCCGUUUUCUCAUCGAAUACACCUGGCGAUAAGUUCAAGUUGGAACGAUUUAUGCCGACUGAGAAGACAUUUGUGGCGACAGUCUACGCGCCGAUCACUUUCAAUCCGGCAACGGUGCUGUGCUUUAGACAGGACGAUAAGGGAAGGCAGGAACUUGUUGCCACUGGAUCGAUUCUCGACAGCAAUCCUGACCGAAUUGUGCUCAAAAGAACUGUUCUCGCCGGUCAUCCAUACAAAAUUAAUCGACGCGCCGUUGUUGUCAGAUACAUGUUCUUUAAUAGAGAAGACAUUGAAUGGUUCAAACCAGUCGAAUUGUACACACCAUCCGGACGUCGUGGUCAUAUUAAGGAAGCCGUUGGAACUCAUGGAAACAUGAAAUGCCGAUUCGAUCAGCAAUUGAAUGCCCAAGAUUCUGUGAUGCUUAAUCUCUACAAACGGGUCUUCCCCGUCUGGAACUAUUCUAUUUUUAACCGCUCCCUGAACCCAUCUCGCUUCGUUGAACGUUCUCGAGUCGAAAGCAUCAGUCUUGUCAAUGAGGAUGCUAUGGAGGAAUAGAUUCCAAUGUUAUUUGUUGUGUUCUUCAAAUUUUCUGUUAACUCAUAUUAUCUUGUUGUUUUUUCCCCAGCUCCAAUCGCUUCUUCUUCUUGUUUUUGUUAACUUUUUCCCGUUCUUUUCAGUGCUCCCAUGUUCUUGUUUUGUUAAAGUUUCGAGACAUAAAAUUCAAAAUGUUUA